UCCGCAUACAGGUGCUCUAACAUUCUGCAACUGCCUGCUGAGUUGAGCGCAGUGUUAACAUGAUGACGUCAUUAUUCAGAGGUUGCCUGCAACGCUGAAACAAUAGAGAUGAACUUAUGAGGAGGCGGCUCUGUGCAGCUACAUUCCGUCUGUUACCGGUUUAUGCGGUUCUGAAAAAAACAAUCUGCCACUUUUCAUUCUAGGAGUCACUCAGUGUUGUGGUCGUUUUAUUAAACCAAAACCACUGCAGGAAUUAUCUUGUUUCCACGAUGAACGCGGCACGUUUACAUUUGUUGCUGCAUGUUUUUCUGUCGGCCGGCGUGCUGGUUCACGCGUUUGAUCCCUUCGGAAUCUUCUGCAAAUAUUUCACAGAGGAAUGUUGCGAUCCGGAAAUGAUCGUCGUCAAUGCAAAAGGCCUCCAGGUCGACGUGCAAAGCAAACUGUUCGGACAGCACAUCGCGUCACGCAUCAUCCUGAAAGCUGUGACCGGAUUCAUUAACAACAACAACCCCAAGAAGCCCCUGGUGCUCUCUCUGCACGGACCGACCGGCACCGGGAAGAGCUUUUAUAGUCAGCUGAUUGCUGAUAACAUUUACAAAGAGGGAAUGCACAGCAACUUUGUUCAUGUUUUUACAUCUCAACUCCACUUCCCAUAUUUGACUCAUGUUGAUACCUACAAGUCUCAGCUCCAGCAGUGGAUCAAAGGCAACGUCACCAACUGUGGACGCUCCAUGUUCAUCUUUGAUGAGAUGGACAAGAUGCAACGUGGCUUGAUUGACAGCAUAAAACCGUACCUUGAUUACAACCAAAAGCUGGAUGGAGUUUCUUAUCGGAAAGCCAUCUUCAUCUUCAUCAGCAAUGACGGAGGGGAGGAAAUCACACAGACCGCAUUAGAUUUCUGGAAAGCAGGACGAGAUCGAGAAGAGCUGGAGCUAAGAGGCCUGGAAACAGUGCUCUAUGAAUCAGUGUUCAACAACAAGAAAAGUUGUUUGUGGGAUUCAGAUUGGAUCAAAGACGAACUGGUGGACUUUUUCGUCCCCUUUCUGCCUCUGGAGUACCGGCACGUCGUCCAGUGCGUCCUGGCGGAGAUGAAAGCCAGAGGAGUUCCACCCAACCAGAACGUGGCAGAACGGGUGGCCAAAGAUUUAGUGUACUACCCAAAAACUGAGAGAGUGUUCUCCUCCAAAGGAUGCAAGACGAUAUCUAACAAGUGGGACUACUACGGAUAAUGUCCAAUGGACGCUGCCUUCAAUCAAAUUGUGCACUUCAAAAACAAAAAAAUUUAAAUUAUACUAGAUACAUCCAUUUAAUUUGAUUUCAAAUUUAGCUUUACGUUGGACCCUAGUCUGUUUUUGGGGCUCUGCUCCAAACAUGGCAUGCACAUAAGAAAGUGCUAAUUUCAUGUAACCACAAGAUCAAUCUGCAAAAUGCUUGCUGCCAGGAUGAAGGGGAACACGUGUGAGUGUUGGUCUGGUGUGUAAAUAUCAGUAUCCAUGUUACUGGUUGAGAAUAAAAGAAGCUUUUUUCCGUUGAAAAGGUAAAUGGUUGUACUCACAUGGCCGUAAUCAGGGAAUCGGCUGCUUGUGGGCUGUUUCGGUUUCUUUGUAAGUUUCUAUGAUGGUUCCACAAAUGCACCAUGUGCACAAUUUUCGGGUGAAUUUUACACAUGAUAUUUUAACUCUUUUAUUACUUAGCAUUUUCAAACGGAUAAGUUGGCUUUGUAGCCAAGACGCUAAUGUUUCAACGGUGUGAAGCAUUAUUAUAUUUGGUUGGGAUGCAGAUUUCUUAUUUGGCGGUAUGUGGCAGAAUUGUCGGGUUGGACCUGGGUUUUGUGUCCAAAAGGGAAACACUCAAUGUUUGAGCUUAUUUUAGUUGAAUUCAGCAAAGGUAUAUGAUGUACUUAUGCCCGUAAUCAGGGUGGAAUCUGCUCGGUGUUUGCCGUUUCGGUUUCUUUGUCAGCUUCUAACUUCAAUGAUGGUUCCACAAAUGCACCGUGUGCACACUUUUUGCAUAUGAUAUUUUAACUCUUUUUUACUUGUUAAAGUAUUUUUUUAAUGUUUAAGUUGGUAGCCAAUGCUGUAAUGUUUCCACAGUGUGAGGCAUCAUUAUAUUCGUUCGGGAUAAGGAUCUCUUAUUAUAUGUUUAAAAAAUUGGGAUUUUUUUUAAAGCAGGCAUAUUUUGUUCUAAAAGAAGAGGGAACGUGUAGGCAAAUGGUUUCUAAAAUCAUACAGGCUUUAAAAACCACCAAGUUGUUAUUCUGUACAACUGCUUAUACUUCCCUGCAAGUGGAGGAGCUUUAAGUGGAAUAUGAAAGAACAAUAUUUAUUGUGGAUGGAAAAGAAAUAAAACAUGCCGUCACAGUUUCUGAUGCCUUUGAGCCAAAGGUCAUGGACAAUUUAAAGAAACAGCUACACAUUGAUGAGCUAUUUACUGAGAAAAGUGCACCCCGAGAUUCACGUUCGAU